AUUAUUCAAAUAGAAAGCACACCAUUUGUGCUACUCUUGAGUGUCUGCUGUGUUUGAAUAAAAGCUUCUCAUUUGGUUCGAAAUCAUUGCUAGCCGGCAACAUGACCUCUGUUUCUAAGCGGCAUUUCGUCGAGCUACUCAUCGACAAGAAGCGCAACCGCGUCGUCUUCGCCGAGUCCGAUAAGGACUUCGUCGACGUGCUCUUCAGCUUCCUCACUCUCCCUCUUGGUACCGUCGUCCACCUCCUCGGCAACCGCUCCUUGCUUGGUGCCAUCGAUGAGCUCUACUCCAGCGCUGAGAGCCUUGAUCCGAUCUACCUCAACUCCAUCCCCUGUAAAUCCAUGAUCCUCCGUCCACGAUCCGCUGCUUGGGUUCAUUGCAAGAGGCUAGGGAUUAAUCUCGAUGAUUCCGAUCCCGAAGUCUUCUAUCGGUGCCGGACUUGGAGCGAGUUCUCUGCGAGGACCUGCUGCAUUAGUUCGUACCCUAAUUGCUUGUGUUCUUGUGGGCAGGUGAUGGACACCAUCAUCACUACUGUCCUCCCGGUGGUUGGAGAAGAAGGGGGCGACGGAGUUUUUGUGAAGGGAGUGACGAGGUUUAUGAUUGGGGAUGAUUUGGGGCUGCAGCCGGUGUCCAUGGCGGAAAGCUUGGUGCUUUUUAAGAAUUUGGGUAUCAGAGAUGGGAAUGAUCUUGAAAAGACGACUGUUCUUGUGGGCAUUGAUGAGAUUUUGAAGUUGCUAGAGAGAUCAUUGGUCUCCAAGACGCCUUUGACUGAUGUUUUCCUGCACAAUGCUGACAAUUUAGAGUCACAACACUGCAUGAUUCAAGCCAGAGAGAAACAUCAAAUGACGAGCACUGAAUCCAAAAGGAUCAAUCUAAAGCUUUUUCUGAGCAAUGAGAGCAGUAAGGUGGUGUACGCCGAGGCAAAGGAGGACUUUGUGAACCUCCUGUUCAGCUUCCUCACAUUUCCUCUGGGAUUAAUAGUUAAGCUUUUGAACAAAAGAUCAUGCAUGGGUUCCAUCGAUAACUUGUAUGACAGUGUAGAAGCUCUUUGCAGUGUUAGCAGUGAUUACAUGAAGUCGGAAGAGUGCAUGAACAUGUUGCUGUCUCCAAAGCUGCCGCCUUAUUUCGGCUGCAGUAGCCAAUUAUUGAAGAUUGAUGAAAUGCUGCCACAAAAGCACAUGAUACGCUUCAAUGGUGUAAAAUUAGAUAAGGUUGAGAUGAAUCCAAGGUGUCAAAAUUCAGGGUCGGAGAAUGGAGGUUUUGUUAAGAGUCUAGUUACAUUCAUGGUGACAGAUGAAAUGUUGAUAACACCGUUUUCGCCUAUUGCUGGUGUCCAUAUGAUCAACAAGAUGAUAAUUCCUAUUAACUGUUUGGAAGAGGUUGCUGUCAGUAUUGGAGAAGUUGAGGCUUUGAAUCUCUUGAAGGCUUGUUUGAACUCUAGGAAGGUUCUGAGUGAUUUUAUCUCCCCUAAUCUGUUGGCAUUGCUUGAAGAGAAAUGGUCUGGUCAGCUUCCUAGUCAUUCUAUUGUUUCAUGAUAUUUGUUGUGAUGCUUAAACAAAUUUAAUAGAGGGACGCACUUAUAAAUUCAUAGGUGCUUAUUUAUCUUUAGGAAA